ACCGAGUGUUGUCGCUUGCCUACUUCGAUUCGUCCUCUCUGUGUCUGCAGCAGUCGAACGGCAGGGUUGUUGCUGUGAGUUCCUCCAACAAAUUUAAAUUUUUUUCGACCACUUAAGGAAGUGACCAAUAGCCAACAUGUCGCUAGGGGAUCCAGUGGCUUUUAUGAAAGAUUUCGUCGCCGGAGGAGUAGCAGCGGCAAUCUCAAAAACCGCCGUUGCGCCUAUAGAACGCGUAAAACUGCUGCUGCAGGUCCAGCACAUCUCCAAGCAGAUCACAGAGGAUCAGCGAUAUAAGGGUAUGGUAGACUGCUUCAUCCGCAUCCCCAAAGAGCAAGGCUUCCUCAGCUUUUGGCGUGGUAACUUCGCCAAUGUCAUCAGGUACUUCCCCACGCAGGCCCUCAACUUUGCGUUCAAGGACAAGUACAAGCAAGUGUUCCUGGGCGGUGUCGACAAAAGGACACAGUUCUGGCGCUACUUCAUGGGUAACCUGGCUUCUGGAGGUGCUGCUGGAGCGACGUCCCUCUGCUUUGUGUACCCCCUUGACUUCGCCCGAACAAGGUUGGCCGCAGACGUAGGCAAGGGUUCAACCCAGCGUGAAUUCAGUGGUUUGGGUAAUUGCCUUGCGAAGAUUUACAAGACUGACGGACUAGUUGGUCUAUACCGUGGCUUCGGCGUGUCCGUGCAGGGCAUCAUCAUCUACCGUGCCGCUUACUUCGGCUUCUUCGACACCGCGAAGGGCAUGCUGCCAGACCCCAAGAACACACCGUUCCUCAUCUCCUGGGCUAUCGCUCAGACGGUGACGACUGUCGCCGGCAUCGUGUCUUACCCCUUCGAUACAGUACGUAGGCGAAUGAUGAUGCAGUCUGGUCGCUCCAAGGCCGACAUCAUUUACAAGAACACGCUUAAUGCUUGGUCUGUCAUCUACAAAGUAGAGGGCGGCGCAGCCUUCUUCAAGGGCGCUUUCUCAAAUGUCCUGAGAGGUACAGGUGGUGCCCUUGUGUUGGUACUGUACGACGAGAUCAAGGCGUUCCUCUUCUAGAAGAAACAGGCCUGCCAACUAGAUACAUUAAAUUGACAUGAGCCAUCCGUCAUCUUUCCAACAGCUUAUGUGGUGGCCGCAGAAUCCGUUACCACAUGACGAGAAGUUAGCGUACUCGAUGUCUCCUCAUCAGUAACUUAAGCGUUGAUCAGAUGGGCAACAAGUGGAUUUGAAAUGUGUCAUUAGAAUGUGAUAACCAGAGGGUUUUUAAAUUCAUCAUUAAAAAGGAGGAUUAAUAAGCUAACUUAAAAAUAUGUGGACAUGUUUAGUAGGAAGUGAUUACAAUUAAGCAGAAACAAUAAAUAAUCGAAAUAAAAAGACUUUGUCAUCUCUGAGAAAGAGAUUUAUGUUAAUUAUUUUGUUGGGCUGCUGGCAGCAUUGCCCUCUAGAGUUAAAAUAAACACACCAGAUCUACUGGGCCGCAACAGAAUUGUAUUUUCAGUCCAUUAAGAUCCCGUAAGUGUCGAAUUCUUCUCUGGUCUGUCACCUUCCCGCUGUCGCAGAAACCCUUCCCAGGAUAGGAAAUGCAAAUCCUCUGUGUUAAGUGCCAUUGUUGGUACACAUGGCUGUCAUCAAAUGUAACUUAGUGAAUAAAGUGGGAAAGUACGUGUA